AUGGCGGUCCCAAUGCUCCUUCCGCUCUCUGCCGCGGUCUUGGGAGCCACUGGCCUCAUCACCCUUCCUGGAGUCUUUGCCAGUUUGGCCCAAGCCCGAGAUCGUACGCCUCCAGACAAUUUCUAUCAAGAUGUUGAUGGUAAGGCUACGCCAGAGACAAUGGCUGCGUUUUCAAACAAGAAGCCAAAAGCUUGUAUCCUGGUUUUUUCUGUGCUUGGCUUUGGGCUCUCCGUUACUACCACCGUUUUGUCCAUCCUCAACCCCCUUGGUGAUGGCCUGAACUUGGAAAAUUGGCUCACCACCGGGACUUGGGCAGCCAUUGUCUUGCAGGCCGUCUGUAUUGGUGCUCAGCAUUCGCCUGUCAAGUCUCACGACCUCGGUCUUUGGGCCCUUCUCUCUUCCCUGAUCACUGCCGCCGUUAGUGCUGCCCAAAUCUACUAUGUGAGCAAUUUUGCAUCGCCAGAAAAAGACGUCAACCUCAUUGUGCGAAUCGUCAAUGCCGUCAUUCUGAUUCCCCUGGCCUUUUUUUGCAUAAGCCUGCCUCGACGACCGGACGUUUUCUACAAUGGCGAAAAAGUUGAUGCAGAGUGGUCUACCACCGUUCUGAGCCGGUAUACCUGGAGCUGGGUCAACGACCUCCUGAAGACUGCCAAGAGGAAAGGCGAUCUGGAUGAGAAAGAUAUCCCUAGACCCGGCCACACUAUCCGAGCAGAGUCGCUUGUCGACGCUUGGAACAAGGCGAACUACCAGGGCAGCCUCUUGAAAUCAUUGCUUGUAACCUACGGUAGACGUCUUGUAUUUCAAUGGAUCAUCAUUGUUUUCCGAUGUAUCAUUGGUCUUGGCCCAUUCUGGACCAUGCUCCGUCUUGUCCAGAUGCUUGAGGACCGCGAUGCUGGUAUUGAAACAUCUCGUGAGCUGUGGGCUCUCGUGUUUCUCAUGGGGCUCUUCACUCUCGCCGAACAGUGGCUGGACGGCUGGAUUGUCUGGUUUUCCAUCACCAAGUUGUUUGCUCCGGUCAGAGGACAGCUCGCAGCCCUUAUCUUUGAAAAAUCUCUUCGACGAAAGAAUGUUAAAAACGCAGAGAAAACUAAAGAGGACCAAUCAUCCGAUGACGCAAAGGGCAAUGAUAAGGACAAGGGCAAGCAGGAAGAAGAUGGAGACGAUGAAGACAGUGUACUGAAAUCCCGCCAGGCAAUUGUGAACCUCGUCGGUGUGGAUACCAAACACAUUGCCGACUUUGCAAUGAUGCAACUCUUCAUCAUUAGUAGCAUUGGUAAACUUCUUGUUUAUUCUGGCUAUCUUGUUAAGCUCAUUGGCUGGGUACCAUUCGGUGCUGGUAUUCUGGCCUGGUCCCUUGUUCUUCCUGCGAACACUCUUGCCGCCAAAUUUUAUCUCAAGGCCGAGACGCGACUGAUGAAGAAUCGUGACAACAAAUUGGCAGUAAUCAACGAGGCCUUGCUAGGCAUGCGACAAAUCAAAUUUUCAGCGCUGGAAGCCCAAUGGGAAAAAAAGAUCCUUGAAAUGAGAGAAAUCGAAAUUUCGUCGCUGAAGGAUGUGUUCAAGGCUGACAGCAUGUUAUUCUUUUCUUGGGUGGCAAGCCCUAUUCUUCUUGCAGCAGCGUCUCUGGCGGUGUACGCUGUUGUCAACGGAAUGCUUGCGCCAUCUGUCGCCUUUGUCAGUAUCGGAGUCUUCAAGAGCUUGGAGGUAUCACUAUCAGUUCUCCCGGAACUUCUUACUGGGGGAAUCGACACCUUGGUCUCAGUUAGACGUAUUGAUAAAUAUCUGAAAGGUCCCGAAAUGAAGAACAUUCUCAACGAAGGCCACGAUGUAGCCUUUGACAAUGCGACAAUUGCUUGGCCUGUCGAUGACGAACUUCCAGAUGACGAUCGAUUCAUUCUGAACAACGUUAGCCUUUCUUUCCCGGCCGGUGAAUUGUCCGUCAUUUCGGGGAAAACUGGAUCGGGAAAGAGUCUCGUGUUGAAUGCUCUCCUUGGGGAGUCUGACCUCUUGGAAGGAAGUAUUUUUGUCCCUCGAACUGUUCCUCCCCUGGAACGACAUGAUGGUAAGGCACACCCCGGAAAUUGGAUUCUUCCCGGCGCUGUGGCCUACGUUGGUCAGAAUCCGUGGCUUGAGAGCGCCUCACUCCGUGACAACAUUCUUUUUGGUUUGCCUUUCAUUGAGAGCAGAUACAAUACCGUUCUUGAUGUUUGCGCUUUGAAGAGAGAUAUUGAAAUCUUAAAUGAUGGCGACAAGACUGAGUUGGGCGCCAAUGGCAUUAAUCUCAGUGGCGGUCAAAAGUGGCGACUUACUCUGGCUCGUGCUAUUUACUCUCGAGCCGAAAUUCUCAUCAUGGAUGAUAUAUUUAGUGCUGUGGAUGCCAAUGUUGGCCGACAGAUCUUUGAAAGGUGCAUAUCUGGUCCGAUCUGCAAAGGCAGAACCCGAAUUCUUGUCACCCACCAUGUUGCUCUAGUCGAACCCAUUACCAAGUAUCUUGUCGAGCUCGGAGAAGGAACAGUCCUCCAUGCUGGUCUUACGUCCAACCUCGCUGAGGAUGGCACUCUCGAACUCAUUAAGAGCCACGAACAAACUCAAUUGGAAGUCUAUGUUGAAGACACGACUGACGGCCCAACCGCUGUCAACUCCCAGGCAGUUUCUGUUGAGGAAGCUGUGGACCUCGAAGAGUCCGCAAACGCAUUGCACAAAGUUCCAUCUCAGACCGCCAAGAAGUUCAUAGAAGAUGAAGCUCGUGCAAAGGGGAAUGUCAAAGCCCGUGUGUAUGGCACCUUCCUCAGCAGUAGCGGCGGAUGGUUUUUCUGGGGUGUUUGCGUCAUUUUGUUCGUUGCCUUUGAAGCCGGUAAUCUCGGACGUAACUGGUGGGUACGUAUUUGGACAGGCGCCUCUGAGGAGCACACAUUUGUGAAUGCGUCUCGUGAACAUGCUAUCGCUACGGCAAGUGGAAUUGUUGGUACUUUGCGAUUUGUCUGGUCCUUUAUUAUGAGCAUCAAGGCUGCCAGGACUCUGUUCCGCAGAAUUCUCUUCACAGUUUUGCGAACUAGAUUGCGUUGGCUAGAUACCGUUCCUGUCGGUCGUGUUCUUAACCGUCUGACCGCCGAUUUUGAUAUUAUCGACAACCGAAUCACUAUGGACCUUGGUUUUAUGUUCUGGCGUGUUUUGGGCCUGAUGGGUGUCUGCGUGGCGGCUCUCCUGGUUUCUACUCUCAUGCUACCCUUGGCGCUCGUUUUGUUAUUUGUUGCUAGAUUGAGAGCAAUGCCAAAUCCCCGCCUCCCCGCCGAUUUUGAUAUUAUCGACAACCGAAUCACUAUGGACCUUGGUUUUAUGUUCUGGCGUGUUUUGGGCCUGAUGGGUGUCUGCGUGGCGGCUCUCCUGGUUUCUACUCUCAUGCUACCCUUGGCGCUCGUUUUGUUAUUUGUUGCUAGUUUCAUCGCUGUCCGAUUCUUGACUGGUGCACGGCCGGUGAAAAGGAUUGAGAGCAAUGCCAAAUCACCUGUCUUUGAGCUUUUCAACUCGUCGCUGUCGGGUGUGUCUACCUUGCGAGCCUUCAAGAAGACUCAGACCUACGUCAGUCGAAUGCACUCUUACCUUGAUAACUGGGACACAAUUUCUGUCCAUAUUUGGACUCUGAAUCGUUGGUUGGGUUUCCGUAUGGCACUAAUAGGGGCCGUCUUCACCACCAUGGUUGGUGCCAUUGUUGUCGGCUCCUCAUUUGUUAAUGCUGCCAUGGCUGGAUUUACUUUGUCGUUCGCCCUUGACUUCUCUGGCAAUAUGCUCAUGGCCAUCCGAGGGUAUGCGUCCCUGGAAUUAGACAUGAAUGCUGCCGAGCGUGUGAUUGAAUACACGGAAGUCGAGACCGAGGACUUGGGCGGGGAGAUUCCUCCUGCUUCGUGGCCUACCACUGGCGCUAUAGAGGUCAAGGAUCUUGUCGUCAGUUAUGCGGACGACCUACCUCCCGUUUUGAAUGGAAUCUCAUUCGAUGUCAAAAACAAUGAACGCAUCGGAGUCAUCGGCCGCACUGGUGCUGGCAAGUCGUCGCUGACUCUGGCUCUCUUCCGAUUCCUUGAAGCUAGAUCUGGUCAAGUCUUCAUUGACGGAAUUGACAUUUCCAAGAUUCGGCUCUACGAUCUGCGAUCCCGUCUUGCCAUUAUUCCACAGGAUCCUGUGCUUUUCUCCGGUACCGUUCGGAGCAACCUUGAUCCUUUCGACGACCAUACAGACGAUGAAUUGAAGGAGUGUCUGUCGCGAGUCCAUUUGGUUGAUUCUGCUCCAGCCACUCCCGCCAACGAGGCAUCCUCGACUGCUGGGUCGACUAUUGCCACCAAGAAUACCAACAUCUUCCGCGACCUGUCCAGCGGCAUUUCAGAGUCUGGCGGCAAUUUGUCUCAAGGCCAGCGUCAGCUUCUCUGCAUUGCUCGAGCUAUUGUUUCGCGUCCGAAGGUUAUGGUCCUGGAUGAGGCUACGUCCGCUGUUGACAUGGCCACCGACGCUCUCAUUCAGCGCAGCAUUCGAGAGGAGUUUACUGACAGCACUCUCAUUGUUAUUGCUCACAGAUUAAGUACCAUUGCCGACUUUGACCGCAUUCUUGUACUGAGUGAGGGUACUGUUGCUGAAUUUGGUUCUCCUCGCGAACUGUGGGAGACCGAAGGCAGCAUCUUUAGAGAUUUGUGCGAACACAGUGGAGAGAAGGCCAGGCUGAAGGAAGUCAUCUUGGGCUAA